AUGCUUGUUCCUCUCCUCCUCGCAGGUGUCACCUCGCUCGCCACCGCCACAACCGGCGCACUGGAGGCCAUCAUACCACCUCAGUUGCGGGACAUCCUCAGCAAUGCGACCGGAAACCCGCUGUACCAGUAUCCAACCUCGCUCACCCAGGACAUCAUCCCCAAGGGCAUGCACAGCCACAACGACUACUGGCGUCCUGUGCCUUUCUACUCAGGCCUCGCCCACGGUGCAAUCUCCACCGAGGCCGAUGUCUGGCUGUACGGGGACGAGCUGCACGUGGGCCACGACCGCUCGUCGCUGACCGAGGCCCGCACCUUUGACAGCCUCUACGUCCAGCCGAUCUUGUCUGUCUUGAAGCGCCAGAACCCGUCCCACCGCUUCGUGGGCGGCGAGGCCACCAAGUACGGCGUCUUCGACACCAACCCUGGCCAGACCCUUUACCUAUUCGUCGACGUCAAGACGGACGGCGCCGAGACGUGGCCCGUCGUCGUCAAGGCCCUCCAACCCCUCCGCGACGCCGGUUUCCUGACCGUCUUCAACGGCAACACCACCACCCAGGGUGCCGUCACCGUCGUCGGUACGGGCAACACGCCGCGCGGGCUCGUGCAGGGCGUGUCGCCCAGGGACUACUUUUGGGACGCGCCGCUCGCGCGCCUGGCCGACCCGGAGUUCGCCAACGUCACGGCCAACGAGAGCCCCAUCGCCAGCACUAGCUUCAACGGGCAGUGGGGGGACACGGAUGUGGAGGAAGGUAGACGCACCAGGCGCACGGGAAAGCUGAACGAGGCCCAGAUGGCCCAGCUCGAGGCCCAGGUCAAGGCCGCGCACGACAAGGGUAUGCUCACCAGGUACUGGGACACGCCCGGCUGGCCGAUCCGGACGAGGAAUGCGGUCUGGAGGACGCUGUGGGAUGCGGGGUGCGAUCUGCUCAACGUUGACGACCUCGGGGCUGCUGUUGAGUUCUGGGAGCAGGAGGCGUGA